UCAGGCUCUGAAAAGACAGAUGAGUAUCUUUUGGCCAGAUUCAAAGGUGAUGGUGUAAAAUACAAGGCCAAGCUAAUUGGCAUUGAUGAUGUGCCCGACGCAAGAGGGGAUAAAAUGAGCCAAGAUUCUAUGAUGAAACUAAAGGGAAUGGCGGCAGCUGGUCGGUCUCAGGGACAACACAAACAAAGGAUCUGGGUCAACAUUUCCCUUUCUGGGAUAAAAAUAAUUGAUGAGAAAACUGGGGUAAUAGAGCAUGAACAUCCAGUAAAUAAGAUUUCUUUCAUUGCCCGUGAUGUGACAGACAACCGGGCAUUUGGCUAUGUGUGUGGAGGAGAAGGCCAGCAUCAGUUUUUUGCCAUAAAAACAGGGCAACAGGCUGAGCCAUUAGUCAUUGAUCUUAAAGACCUCUUUCAAGUUAUCUAUAAUGUAAAGAAAAAGGAAGAAGAAAAGAAAAAGAUGGAAGAAGCCAACAAAGCAGUAGAGAAUGGGAAUGAGACCCUACUGACCCUUGAUGACCAAGCUAACAAACUGAAAUUGGGUGUUGACCAGAUGGAUUUGUUUGGGGACAUGUCUACACCUCCUGACCUAAAUAGUCCAACAGAAAGCAAAGAUAUCCUGUUAGUGGAUCUAAACUCUGAAAUCGACACCAAUCAGAAUUCUUUAAGAGAAAAUCCAUUCUUAACAAAUGGCAUUACCUCCUGUUCUCUUCCACGACCAAAGCCUCAGGCAUCUUUCUUGCCUGAAAAUGCCUUUUCUGCCAAUCUCAACUUCUUUCCCACCCCUAAUCCUGAUCCUUUCCGUGAUGAUCCUUUUGCACAGCCAGAUCAAUCGACACCCUCUUCGUUUGAUUCUCUCAAAUCUUCAGAUCAGAAGAAAGAGAAUUUGAGUAGCUUGCCUACUCCACUGAGUAAUGGGCCCCUGAAUGGGGAUGUUGAUUACUUUGGUCAGCAGUUUGACCAAAUCUCUAACCGGACUGGCAAACAGGAAGCUCAGGCAGGCCCAUGGCCCUUUUCAAGUACGCAAACACAGCCAACAGUGAGAACUCAAAAUGGGGUAUCUGAAAGAGAACAGAACGGCUUCCAUAUCAAAUCCUCCCCGAACCCUUUUGUGGGAAGCCCUCCCAAAGGACUGUCCGUACUGAAUGGCGUAAAGCAGGACUUGGAAAGCUCUGUCCAGUCCUCACCACAUGACUCCAUAGCCAUUAUCCCACCUCCACAAAGUACCAAACCAGGAAGAGGCAGAAGGACUGCUAAGUCUCCAGCAAAAGACUUGCUUGCAUCAGACAUCUUUACCCCUCCCGCCUCAGAACCUCCAGGCCAGACAUCACCUACAGGACAAUCUGCAACCCUACAGACCAACCCUCUGGAUCUCUUCAAAACAAAUGCUUCUGCCCCAGUGGGACCCCUUGCGGGUCUAGGUAGGUGCUUAGAGAUUGAGUUAGAUUUGCCUCUGUUGCUUUCACUCAUAAGAUUAUAAUGCACAGGAGGAAGGCACUUCAUAUCCAUAGAGGUUCCAGGGACAUAAGAUCUGAGCAUCCCAGGGAACCUUUCUCCCACUUUUACUUCCAUAGACCCCCGCCCUCAUUUGGUACUCUUGACUUGCAACUGAAAUUUGGCUCCUGAAGUUGGCAUGUGGAAA